UAUCUAUUGUGCGGAAAUGGAACGCUCUGUUUCCUCAUUUCAAAUAUGAGCGGGCUAUGGCGGAGCGCAGAUUUCACGCACCCAAGCAGGAGGAGGAGGAGGAAGAAAAGAAGAGGAAGAGGAGGGGGCUGCAAUUUGCCGAUACUUGGCUGAGUUCUGACGCCAGCACUGAAGUGAUGUAAGAGACGGAGGGAGGGAGGAAAGCCGAGAAGGAGGAGAGAAGAAAGAGAGAGAGUGAGAUAGGGAGAGGGAGGGAGAGGGGUUCCGAGCUCCUCACUUUCUGAGACCCAGACGGAGAGCAACUCCCCAGCGGGGAUCCAAACUGAGCUCGCACUCGAACUGGAGCAGAGCAGACUGGAGCUCCAGGAUUCAGCACCUUGGACAGAGACGCACCGCGGCUCUCACUCCCCGCGCAACCGAGGGAGAGCGCGCAGAGCCCGGGCACCCAUCAGCGACCCUCCCGGCCAGGACAUGGUGCUCUCCUGUCUCUGUUCCCCGAUGGGUCGCGAUGGGCUCUAGUGCUACAAAGAAAUGCCCUUGACAGCAGUGUCCACAGAGUUGUUUUCAGCAUGACGGCGGCGCAGGAGACCGAGCGAGCAUGGGAAGAGUCGGUGUCGAAACUUUAAGACUGAACCGUCGCAUGUUUGAACACAGUUGAAGCGUCUUUGCCAAACAUCAGUCUUGAGUUCUCACUCUACCAUGGGGAUAAGGCACCUUUUGUUGCUGCUGAUUUACCUGGACCCUCUGAGCGUGCUGAGCGCCGCUGCAGGCGGGAAAAAACCCAAACAGGCGUCCAGGAAGUCUCCCAAAGCCACUGCGGUCCCCACGGUGGUCCCGCAGAAGACCCCGCCGCCCGCGCCCGUCAGCAACCACGACACCUGCCUGGGGUACUACGACGUGAGCGGGCAAUAUGACAAAAUGUUCGAGUGCAACAACACGGACCAUCGGUACUGCUGCGGCACGUGCUACCUGCGCUUCUGCUGCGAGUACAAGAAGGACCGGCUGGACCAGAAAGCCUGCAAGAACUACCAGACCCCGGUGUGGGUGCAGACGGCCGCCCCGUCCCCCGUCCCGACCGGGGAAACGUACGAUCCCAGCAUGGACCAGACCAACACGGCGGUCUACAUCACCUGUGGGAUCAUAGCCUUCAUCAUCGUGCUCGGGGUGUCCGUCAAAGUGGCGUACGACAAAGCCACAGAGCCGCCUCAGGAGAUGAACAUACACAGGGCCCUUGCAGACAUCCUGAGGCAGCAGGGGCCCAUCCCCAUAUCGCAAUACGACUGUGAGAACUUUGCAGCGAUGAAUGGCUCACCCAAAGACAACACACCAAUUAGAACCUCAUCCAAGAACCACUACACCCCAGUCCACGCCUCCAAAUCCAACCACGGUCUCCACUAUGGGAAGGAGAGCGUGCGCAGCAGUGGAGGCGCUGACCUUCACAACUUCAUCUCCUCGGGCUUUGUGACGCUGGGUCGAGGCCAUUCCAAAGGAGAAAAACAUUGGCCGGUCCGCUCCCAGAGUCACCAUGGUACUCAUCAGCACAACUAUAACCAUGUGGCUUUAGGUAGCCCCACACGCACACCUAAGAAUGCAGAUAAAGAAGUGGAGGACUACUACACUCGUAAGCGCCACCUGCCCGACCUGGCAGCGAGAGGCACGCUUCCCUUGCAUGUUCUCAAACUCACUCAAGACCAGCACCGGGAACAGCAGCAGCAGCUCCAGAGCCAGCCCCCACAGUCAUCCAUCUCCCAGGCCCCUUCCUCGUCGCAGUCUUCACAGCAGCAGUCGCAGCAAAGGCAGAGGCCCCGUCGAGUCCAGAGGGCCAUGUCCCAGGAUCGAGUCCUGUCCCCACAGAGGGACCCGCAGCAGGAAUACACUAUGUCUUCUAACGGGAUGUCCCCGUACGGAGGCAGGAUCCUCUCAGACGAACAGCUCCUGUCUGCCGAGCGCCUUCGAUCUCAGGAGCGUCUACUUCCACAAGACCGCCACACCUCCCAAGACCGACUGUACACCAAGGACCGCAUGUACUCCAAGGACCGGCUCCUGUCCCAGGAGCACCUCUACUCUAAAGACCGCCACUACUCUCAAGACCGCCUCUUUUCACAAGACCGCCUGUACUCACAAGAUCGCCUCCUGUCACAAGAUCCUCUGAUCUCGCCGGACAAGCUGAUGAUGUCACUGAAGCGCGGCAUGGUCAGCAGUAUCUCUGGCGGGUUUCGUGGCAGUGACAUGUCAAUGUCACGAGCCAUCUCACACACAGAUGUGUUCAUACCAACCACGCCUCUAAUGGAUCGAUACAAGAUGACCAAAAUGCACUCCCAUCCCAGUGCCUCUAACAACGCCGGUGGCGGUGGUGGAAGUGGAGGUGGUGGUGGUGGAGGCGGAGGCGGAGGCGGUGGCGGUGGUGGGGUACCAGGAGGGGGAGGCGCGGCGCACUCCAACACUUUAGCCAUGAACCAGACAGCUACUAAGAGGCAGGCGUUUGCCUCCAGACGGACUCACACUGUGGAGCAGCUCCACUACAUCCCACAGCACCACCAGCAGCAGCAGCAGCAGCAGCAGCAGCAGCAGCAGCAGCCACAGCACUACCGCACAGGCAGCAAGACUGAGGUGACUGUUUAACGCAGCCAGGACUACCUGACUGCUCAAGAAGGGACACUGUGUGUGCCGGAGAGGGAUGUGGGUUCAUAGGCCUUCUUUUAGAGUAGGACGUUGGCAAUUCCACUUUCUUUGACUGAUUCCAGGACCAAGAACAUCUUUAGCUUACUGAGAGACCGGACAAAGAGCUACACUGUACAAACACAGGCCCAGCGAGAUGUGAAGCCAGAGAGGGUCGUGAAAGGGGGAGGUGUGCUAUUAUCCAGCUAACUUGCCUACUAUUAUUUCCACUGUCUUGAUUAUCCAAUUCAUCCACGGGCUCCGGCCUCAUUCUGUGUAUGUUCUAGUGAGAAAACACUGAUUGUGUCUGUUCAAGCCUUUAUCUGCCCCCCUCUGUCCAACAAAUCUACUCUGUGACCUUUUCUGGCGAAUCUUAAAGGGCUUUGCAUGGUUAAACACUUAGACCGAUUCCUCCGUGACUUCUGUUGUGCAACACAACACUACCACAGGUGACGAACAGGAUGAGCCUGUAAUAACUUUAUAAAUAUAUAAAUAAAUGAACAAAAAAACAACCAUUUGUACGCCCUGUCCUACUCAUAGCUCUAGAGAAUCUCGAUGAGAUGGGUUGAAAUGGAUGUUGUACGCACUUCUAUCCGGUGCCUCUGACAGCGGUUCCAUUUCUAAAAGGAAGUGGUUUUGUGGGUUACAAAGCACAAUCAAUAAAAAGUAUUCUGUUCUGUUUUUUAUUUGGUAUCUGAGUUUGAAUAGUGAUGGCUAGCUUGUUUUGUUCUUAAAGCAAUGGCAGGUUUCUUUGCUUCCAGUAGACGAUUGUAAAUAAGCUAUUCUAGAGCAGUAUCAUGGACAAGUCUUUACUGGAUGGACUUUGUAUUAGACUGUCUGUUUUCAAUAGAUUCUUAAAAACAAACUAUAAAUCAUCACUGUUUCGUGAGUUCAGAAUAGAAACCCACUUAACCAAGUAUUUGACUGGAUAAAUUAAUACUAUACUGUGUGUGUCUUUGCAAACUGUUGGUAGGACGAGAAGUGAAUGAAUGUGUCGUUGAUAACAGAUAUACCACUGUUCAUAUUUGGAUGUAGACUGUGUUCCAUAGACAUCAGAGGAGUGAACAUCAUGGAGGUGGGUUACAAAGCUUGUUACAGUUGGGUCAAAUAAAACAUCCAUAUUUUUCUAAACAUUGA